GGCCUAAGCCGGCAGCGCCAGGCGGGAAGUUCGGAAGACAGUCGCUUGGCUUGGGGCGCCGCCAGGCCACAGCCCGACCGGAAGCUGCCGCAUCGCCCCGAUUUUCCGCGGCUCUAUAAGGAGUAGCGCUUCGGUAGCCGGGGAGCUGGAGGGGAACCUGAUUUGAGAUCAAUUCUUGGAGAACACAAAGAAGUGUGGUGGUAUGUUCCAGGCACUGAUGUAUGAAAUCCCGAACGAAUUCUCCGAUGAACAUACUGCUAAUUGCUUCUCCACCUGCUCUCCAACCUCCUCCACCCCACCCCCUCCACUCCCAAUUCAGCCUAUAAGUGUCCGUCAUUGGAGAUGGAUGGUGACACAUGCAGUAAUAGCAAUUCAUAAAAGCCAGUUCCAGCCCUUGUCUUCAAGGCUCCUGGAUUUUCCACUGCCUGCUUUUGUGUAAGUGAAGUGGAUGGAAGUGCUACUGGCAUCAGAAUCCACCUCCCUAUGCUCCGUUGCUAGAGCUCAGUUGCUCGGCUGGAGCUGAGCUAAACAGAAGCAUCGGAUCUGAGCUGAAUUGUAGCUGUUUUUUUUUUUCCUCAAUGGGGGGGUGGGUUAGGGGUAGUGUGUAGUGGCGGUUUGGGGUGCUUUGGCUUUUCUUUUCGUGGAGAGAAGAGGGUAAGGGGAGAAUAACUCACGGUAGGAUACAACGUGAAACAGUUCCCUGAAGAGUGUCACGAUGUUCCUGGUACAAUAUACAGCAUGCAGAUGAUGUGGAGAAGUGAGUGAGUGACAAUAUUUCAAGGUUACGCUGAAGAGCAUACAGUGAACCUUAGUGCCUGGACCAACAGCUGCUGAAUUGAAUUGUCUGCAAUUAAAGCAACAGCAGGGUUGAACCAGCUGCCCUUUGACCCUGCCAACAACAACGAGCCCCUGCAGUUUGGUAGUGCCAGUGGCCCUCUGGUCACAGAAGGCCUCAUUGAGAAUGGAGGGGAGUCAAGCAAGAAAAGAAAGAGAACAAAUGCUCCUUCAGCUGAUAAUAGUAGAACUCUGAAUGUGGAUUCCACUGCAAUGACGCUACCUAUGUCUGAUCCAACUGCAUGGGCCACAGCAAUGAAUAAUCUUGGAAUGGCACCGCUGGGAAUUGCUGGACAACCAAUUUUACCUGACUUUGAUCCUGCUCUUGGAAUGAUGACUGGAAUUCCACCAAUAACUCCGAUGAUGCCUGGCUUGGGAAUAGUACCUCCUCCAAUUCCACCAGAUAUGCCAGUAGUAAAAGAGAUCAUACACUGUAAAAGCUGCACACUCUUCCCUCCAAAUCCAAAUCUUCCACCUCCUGCAACUCGCGAACGACCACCAGGAUGCAAAACGGUAUUUGUGGGCGGCUUGCCUGAAAAUGGGACAGAGCAGAUCAUCGUGGAAGUGUUUGAGCAGUGUGGAGAGAUCAUUGCUAUUCGGAAGAGCAAAAAAAACUUUUGUCACAUUCGCUUUGCUGAGGAGUACAUGGUGGACAAAGCCCUUUAUCUUUCUGGUUACCGAAUUCGCCUGGGCUCUAGCACUGAUAAAAAGGACACAGGCCGGCUCCACGUUGAUUUUGCACAGGCUCGAGAUGACCUGUACGAGUGGGAAUGCAAACAGCGUAUGCUAGCAAGAGAGGAGCGCCACCGUAGAAGGAUGGAAGAAGAAAGGUUGCGCCCACCAUCCCCACCCACAGUGGUCCACUAUUCAGAUCAUGAAUGCAGCGUUGUUGCUGAAAAACUAAAAGAUGAUUCCAAAUUCUCAGAAGCUGUACAGACCUUGCUCACCUGGAUUGAACGAGGAGAGGUGAACCGUCGCAGCGCCAACAACUUCUACUCCAUGAUCCAGUCAGCCAACAGCCACGUCCGCCGCCUGGUGAAUGAGAAAGCUGCUCACGAGAAAGACAUGGAAGAAGCAAAGGAGAAGUUCAAGCAGGCUCUUUCUGGAAUUCUCAUUCAAUUUGAGCAGAUAGUAGCUGUGUACCAUUCUGCCUCCAAACAAAAGGCAUGGGACCACUUCACAAAAGCCCAGCGUAAAAACAUCAGCGUUUGGUGCAAACAAGCUGAGGAAAUUCGCAACAUACAUAAUGAUGAAUUAAUGGGAAUCAGGCGAGAAGAAGAAAUGGAGAUGUCUGAUGAUGAAAUAGAAGAAACAACAGAAACAAAAGAAACUGAGGAAUCAGCCUUAGUAUCACAGGCAGAAGCUCUGAAAGAAGAAAAUGACAGCCUCCGUUGGCAGCUUGAUGCCUACCGGAAUGAGGUGGAACUGCUUAAGCAAGAACAAGGCAAAGCCCUCAGAGAAGAUGACCCAAACAAGGAACAGCAGCUGAAACUCCUACAGCAAGCCCUGCAAGGAAUGCAACAGCAUCUACUCAAAGUCCAAGAGGAAUACAAAAGGAAAGAAGCUGAACUUGAAAAAAUCAAAGAUGACAAGUUACAGGUGGAAAAAAUGCUGGAAAAUCUUAAAGAAAAGGAGAACUGUGCCUCUAGAAUGUGUGCCUCGAGCCAGGAUAGUGACUACCCUCUUGAGAAGACCCUGAACAGCAGUCCCAUCAAAUCUGAACGUGAAGCACUGCUAGUGGGGAUUAUCUCCACAUUCCUUCAUGUCCACCCAUUUGGAGCAAGCAUUGAAUACAUCUGCUCCUACCUGCACCGUCUAGAUAAUAAGAUCUGCACCAGUGAUGUGGAAUGUCUCAUGAGCCGACUCCAGCAUACCUUCAAGCAGGAAAUGACUGGAGUAGGAGCCAGUCUGGAGAAGAGAUGGAAAUUCUGUGGCUUUGAGGGCUUGAAACUGACCUGAAUCCCUUUGCCUGACAACCUGGGAUCCUGAAAAUAAAUGUGUGUUGGACAAGCUUGGAAAGUGAUAUUGUGUUUUCAAUGGUUUGCAAGUGGAAAUUGUUUUAAAUUUGUCAAUUCAUUCCUGGAAUAUCUUUUGAGUUAAAAUAAGGAUCCUAGAGCAGCACCUUGAGCUACAGGCACUAUAAAGAAAUUGACUCAAACCUCAAGUGCUGUAAUUUCCCCCCUUUCUGUCAACUGGUUGUCUUUUUUUAUUGGUAGUAUUAAAAAGGCCUGAGGCUAAAGAGUA